AUGAUACGAAUGCAUGCAGGCCGAGAUCCAACAGAAACAUCGAAUGAACCGAUUGAGAAUCGUCUCCCCGCCGUCGUUGGAAAUUGGAACUCCGGGAUGAGGGAUAACCGGUGUCUUUUUAUCUCCCUCACUGCCCCCGUCUCCGCUGAAAAAAGCUCACCAUCCGCCAAACCUUUCUCCGAGUCUCAGCUCAGAUAG